UCGAGUUCAAAAUUCAGUCUACUCAUAUGGACAAGGUGUAUUAGGUUUAGUUCAUACUUUUUCAUCUAAUUUGGAUGACAUUCGUGAAUAUCUAUCAAGUGAUUUAAAAAAUCUAAUGUAUAAAAUAUUAGUAGCUAAUAAAGAACGUGUAGAUACUAUAUUUCAAGAAUUUUCUGAAUCAAAUGAAGAUGGUGCAUUAGAUUGGUGUAAGGCUGGAGAAAAUACAAAUAUUGCUGAGUCUGCUCAUGCUGAUACUAAUCGAGAAGGUAUUCAAAUGAGUUUAUUGCUAGUAAUUAAAAAAGGAAAACGAUUAGAUGAAUGUCACUUCACAACAUGUAGAUAUCAAAGUAACUACAAUGUUUCAAAAACUAGUCGCUCAUCAGGUUCUAUAGCUAGAGCUACUAAAUCAAUUAAACGAUUAGAAAACCAAAAAUGUAAAAAAGAUAAUCCUGCAAACAAACGAAGCUUACCAAAUUCCAACAUUAUUACAACAAGCAAUGAAGAAUUGAAUAGUCUUGAUAUUGAAAUUGCUAAAAAAGAAAAGUUGAGAAAGCUCAAAUUAAUAGAUUACAAAUUUCAACAUCAAAAAGAAAUUUUAGAAAUUAAAAAACAAGCAAAGUUAGCUAAUCUUCAUACUCAAGAACUAGCUAAUAUUGAAAAAAAAAAUUUAUUAGGUAUUGAUAUUGAUAAAGAAUUAAAUAAUUAG